GGAGGGUCUCGGACUCGCGCAGGCGCAGUUGUGUGCCGGAUUGCCAAGAUGUCGUUCCCCAAGUACGAGCCGUCGUCUCUGGCUACCCUACCCUCUACCCUCGACCCGGCCGAAUACAACGUAUCUCCGGAAGCUCGGAAGGCGCAAGCCGAGCGGUUGGCCAUAAGAUCCCGACUUAAACGGGAGUAUCUGCUUCAGUACAACGACCCCAAACGCCAAGGGCUCAUCGAAGAUCCUGCGUUGAUUCGUUGGACCCAUGCAAGAUCAGCAAACAUCUAUCCCAAUUUCAGACCCACUCCCAAGACCUCGCUCUUAGGAGCUCUGUUUGGAAUGGGGCCCCUUUUCUUCUGGUUUUAUGUUUUCAAAUCUGACAGAGAUAGGAAAGAAAAACUUAUCCAGGAAGGAAAAUUGGAUCGAACAUGGAACAUUUCAUAUUAAGUCUGGCAGUGAUGACUCUGUAUUAUUGUUUAAAUAAAUCUUCUAUUAAUCAUUAAAAACUUUCUUAUUA